AUGGUGGAAUCUACCUCCCUGAAAAGGAAAAGAGAUGACAAUGAGGAGGACAACCAAGAUGACCCUCAUUCAAAGAAGAAUAAGAAGGACCAGGCCUUCCAGGACCCUCACGCUAUAGAGUCAUCAAGCAGUGCUAAUGAAAGAAACCACAGCAGCAUCAAUAUCCCAGUACGAGGAAGUGUACCAGAAAGCAGCUUAAACCAGAACAUUGCUGAACUAUACUCCACUAUCCCCGAGUUCUCACACGAGGACUAUGCACUGUGCCAAGGCCAAGGUCCUUACUCCCACAUUAACCAGAUCUUGAAGGAGGCCCAUUUCUACAGCCUACAGCAGAGAGGACAGUCACCGACGUGAUGACCUGGGUGCUCCUCCUCCCUUGUUUAUAAAAAGCAAUGACAUUCCCACAAA